AAAUGUCUAGCAAGAAAGAAAAUGCACACAAGAAAUGGAGUGUCUUGAAAGAAAGGCUGGGUUCCCAGGAUUCGGAUCAAACAGAAGCCAAUCUGGAAAAUGCGGAGCCAGAGCUCUGCAUUCGUCUCUUGCAGAUCCCUUCGGUGGUGAAUUACUCGGGGCUCAAGAAACGGCUGGAAAGUAGUGAUGAUGGUUGGAUGGUCCAGUUUUUGGAACUCUGUGGACUGGAUCUUCUGUUAGAAGCCCUAGACAGACUGUCGGGGAGAGGAGUUUCUAGGAUCUCAGAUGCCCUCCUGCAGCUGACAUGCAUCAACUGUGUGCGGGCAGUAAUGAACUCUCAGAAGGGCAUUGAAUAUAUUGUGAGCAAUGAAGGUUAUGUCAGGAAACUCUCUCAAGCACUGGAUACUUCAAAUAUCAUGGUCAAAAAGCAAGUGUUUGAACUCCUGGCUGCUCUCUGCAUUUAUUCAUUUGAUGGACAUGCACUGGCUUUGGAUGCUCUAGACCAUUACAAGACUGUGAAAAACCAACAGUACCGGUUCAGCAUCAUUAUGAAUGAGCUCUCGGUCACAGACAAUGUGCCCUACAUGAUAACACUCUUGAGUGCCAUCAAUGCAGUUAUAUUGGGAACAGAGGAACUGAGAGGGAGGAUGCAGCUCCGGAAUGAGUUCAUUGGUCUUCAGUUGUUGGAUAUUUUAAGCAAACUGCGAGACAUAGAAGAUGAGGACCUGCUUAUCCAGUGUGAGACAUUUGAGGAGGCUAAGACUGAAGAUGAUGAAGAGUUACUGAGAAUAUGUGAUGGCAUUGAUAUGAAUAAUCAUCAAGAUGUUUUCUCAUCUCUGUUCAACAAAGUGAGCAGCUCCCCAGUCUCCGUUCAAUUGCUGUCCAUUCUCCAGAGCCUCCUGCAUCUCGAACCGUCUCAUCGCUCCAGCCUAUUGCUCUGGGAAUCCUUAGAAAUGUUAGUAAGCAGAGCCAUCUUGCUGGCUAAUGACAUAGAAGAUAAUAGUGUGGAAGAAGUCAUGGAGAGAUUGUUGUCUGUCAAGAAGCAACCCAAGAAAAGAGAUUUAGGUUCCAGAAAAGCAGCUAACAAGGUGAACGAAAGCACUCAGACCAAUGAAGAUCUGGGACAAUGCCCAAACACCACCCAGAGCUCUCCUCCAAGAACUUGCUCUUCCAACAUUCCAGUUACUGUGAUACAAAUGCCACCAUCAGUUCCCACAUUGCUUGAUGUAGCAACAAUCUCACCCUUUCCUCCUCUGCCUGGGAUGACAGGCAUUCCUUCCCCUUCCCUGCUGCCCAGCAUGACAGGAAUCCCUCCCCCUCCCCCUCUGCCCAUUAUGAUAGGAGCCCAUUCCCUACCUCAAAAUUCAGCUGUGCCACCACCACCUCCCCCGCUGCCCAGUAUGAUAGGGAUCCCUCCUCCUCCCCCGCUGCCCAGUAUAACAGGGAUCCCUCCUCCUCCCCCACUGCCCAGUAUGAUAGGGACCCAUUCCCUGCCCCUAAACUCAGCCAUGCCACCACCACCUCCCCCACUGCCAGGCGUGGUAGGGAUCCCUCCCCCUCCUCCACUGCCAGGCUUCGUAGGGAUUUCUCCCCCUCCUCCACUGCCAGGCCUGGUAGGGAUCCCUCCCCCUCCCCCUCUUCCUGGUACUACAGGAAUGCCACCUCCACCCCCACCACUCCCAGGCAUGCCACCUCCUCCUCCCCCACUGCCUGAGAUGGAAGGGCUACCACCCCCUCCUCCACUGCCAGGCAUCCCACCUCCUCCACCUCUAGGAGGCAAUGUAGAGGUAAUUGUCCCUGCAUGGGCCAACACCCUGAGCUAUGCCGCACCACCCCCUAAAAGAAUGAAGAUGCCAACACUAAGGAUGAAGAAGCUGAAUUGGCAGAAGCUGCCCUCCAAUGUCGUGAGAGAGAGUCACUCCAUGUGGGCAUCAGUAACAAGAACGAGUGAGGAAUCUAUUGAGCCGGAUUACUCUAGAAUAGAACAGUUGUUUUGCUUUCCACAAAACAAGCCCAAAUCAAAGGAAGUUGCACCAGUGAAGACAGAACCAAAAGAGAUUACAUUUCUAGAUUCCAAAAAGAGUCUUAAUUUGAACAUAUUUUUGAAGCAAUUUAAGUGCACAAAUGAGGAGGUGGUUAAAAUGAUUCAGGAAGGUGACAGAACAAAGUUUGAUGUUGAAGUGCUCAAGCAGCUUCUUAAACUCCUACCAGAAAAACAUGAAAUAGAAAAUUUGAAAGCUUUCAAAGAAGAAAAGGAAAAAUUAGCAAAUGCAGAUCAGUUCUAUCUUCUACUCCUUGGAGUUCCUAGCUACCAGUUGAGGAUUGAAUGUAUGCUACUGUGUGAAGAGACUGCUGUUCUGUUGGAGAUGUUGCAGCCCAAAGCAGAAACAAUAAGGAGAGCUUGUGAAGAUCUCAUUUCAAGCAAUCGCUUGCCCGUUUUCUGUCAACUGAUCCUCAAUGUUGGAAACUUCCUGAACUAUGGAAGCCACACAGGAGACGCUGAUGGCUUUAAAAUUGGUACUUUGCUCAAGUUAACAGAAACUAAAGCAAACCAGACUCGCAUUACACUGCUCCACCAUAUAUUAGAGGAAGUGGAAAAAAAUCACACCGAUUUGCUUCAGCUUCCCAAAGAUCUUGAAUGUAUUUCAAAAGCAGCUGGAAUCAAUCUAGACGUGAUUCAUUCUGAAUCCAGCUCCAACAUAAAGAAAUUGCUGGAACUUGAACGGAAGCUGUCAUCCUCAACUGAAGAAGUGAAAGCCCAAUAUGGAAAAGCCAUCCAGGAUAGCUUAACUGCUAACAGAAAGCUGGAGGAUGAGUUUGAACUCAUUGAAAUUAAGAAAACGGAGCUUGCCAAUUAUCUGUGUGAAGAUCCAAACAAAUUGUCUUUGGAGGAGAUAUUUAAUACCAUGAAAAUCUUCCGUGAUCUCUACAUCAAAGCACUAAAGGAAAACAAGGACCGAAAGGAACAAGCAGCCAAAGCUGAAAAAAGGAAGAAACAGUUGGAAGAAGAAGAAGCUAAGAGGCCAAAAGGGGAAGAUGGAAAAACUAUUAAGAAAGGAGCUGUGAAGCAAGAGGAGGUGUGUGUUAUCGAUGCUUUGCUGGCUGACAUAAGGAAGGGGUUCCAGCUACGAAAAACAAUCAGGAACAAAAACGGCACAGACACUCCCAUGAAAACCACACCUCAGAGAGGAAAAGUGACUGACCAAAGCGUUCAGGAUGUGAAAGACCCAAAACAAGAUGAUUCAAGUACGCAAAAUAAUUUCCAGGACCAAGUAGAAAAUGCAAAGCCUUCAGAAGGAGCUACCACAAAUGAGAAAUCUGAGAUGGCUACUGACUCGUUGGAUUUACAGAAACCUCCCAAUGCCAUUGGAAAUGGUAUCUCCUCUCCAGCCCAGCCAGAUCCCAAAAAGGCUUCCUUACAUUCCUUUGUUUUGGAGAAAAAUAGAGAAGCCCCAAAUGGAACAAAUUUGCAAGAGGGAAAUGACUCCUGUUCUUUUCAGGAUACCAGUGACCAUGAUUUAGUGUUGUCUCAGUCCACUUCUUUCGUAAAGGUUACAAGUGGUAACUCAGGACAUUCAACCAGCCUGAAGAUUAAAGCUGGUGAGGUUGACUCAGGGGACCCAGCUAGUAGAACUGAACCUGAUGGUUCAUGGAACCAUUUAAAUUCAAAUGAUCAGGUAAACAGUAUUUGUAGAAAUGAUAACACAGAAGAAAAAAUACCUGGAAACACCAAGCAGCUCACAACCUCUCAAGAAAUGGCCCUUGAAACUUUGGCACUGCCAGAAGCAUGUAAAGCCAAUGAAGACCUUUCCUCAGACUCCUUAUUAGACACGUCUCAGGAUAAAUCCUUCUCAGAAGAACCCGUAACUGAUUCUUCAUAUUCAGCAACAGUACCUUCAGAACAAGCUCAAGCUGAAAAAGAUGGCCAAAGAAGUUCAUCAAAGCGCAAGAAGAAAAAGAGGCACAGCAAGGGCCAUACAACAAUGGUUGACACUGAUUUAAAAGCGAUGGUUGAUACUGGAGAUAAAAAAACAAAAAGAGUUUGUGAGAUACAGUGAGGUGGUGCAGCACGACAGAAAAAAUAAAAACAUGCUAUUCAGUGGCAUCAGCUAUUGAAAGAAGCCAUAGUAACAGGGUGCAGCUAAAUUUUGUCUGGAGAUACUUGAUAGGGAGUAAUUAAUACUCAAAUAUAUGAUAUAACCAGACUUAAAAGCACCCUCAGCAUGUGCCUUACACAAAAUUCUUAUCCUAAAAUAAUUUUCUGCUGCUUUGGGGCCAUGGAGUCAACACCCGAUGGAUAAAAUUCUUCAACAUAACGUGAAGGAGAUAUCACCUAGGACGGAGCUGGAACAAGUUGAAACUAACAUAGUCAUCUUUUGAAUUUAACACAGAAAAUAUUGAAAGUUUUAUGGCACCAAUCUCAUCUUUAGAUAAUGUGUCAGUUCUGGAAAUAUGAUCCACCAAGGCCUGAUUUUGCAAAAAUCUGUGUUUGAGUUAACAUCCUUCAAUUUGAUUGUGCUAUACUUUACACCAGGUUGAAGCAAACAAUUUUUGUGAUACUAUCAGAUGCAUAUCACAUUCCUGUUUUUACACAAGACUUGCUACUCCAAGGAUUAGACAAAAGUGAGGUUUGUCUUAAAGAAAAUUAGAAAAUAUCCUGAUAACACCCAUGUAGUUGACAGCCACCUAGUGGCAAAUGUAUGCAAUUACUGUCUAUAUGAACACAUGAAUUAGUCCACAUGUUUACGCUAUCCUCUUUCUCACUACACGCACUGCAACACUUCUUUUCAAGAACACUUCCUCCCAAAGUAAUAUUAUUAAUGCAAUCGAUUUAUGUUUUCUGUGAUGGUAAUAGUAAAUAUGUUUGGGGUUAGGGAUAUCUUUUUGUUGUUGCCUAUGUAUAACAUUUAAUGGAAAUAUUUUAGCAUUAAUAUUGGGAAUGUGAUUCCCUUUUAUCAUAAAAACUGAAGUAAUUUUUCAUAGUUUAUAAAUACUAUUGAGAGAAUUGCAGGUUUGUAAAUAGCUGUUCCCUUUUGUAUAUUCACUUAUAUGAGACUGAAGGUGUAGAAAUUACUUUAUAAGCUGAAUUUAGCAAUUAUAAUUUGGAAAGAAGAUACUGACUGAGAGAUAUCCUGCUGAAAUAAAACUAAUGCUGUAUUAUAGUGGGCUUUGCAAAGCUAAAUUCAAUUUCCUCUCCAGAUCUGGGACAGUCCUGCCUUCUCAGGGUCUACACAUGAAAGGUUUUGCCUGUGUCACCUAGAAUAAUGGGGAAUUACAAGUCUAGAAAAUACCAGGUUUAAAAAAAGCUAGCAUGGGUAUUUAAAACAAGAAGUUAACUUUGCCCAAGUUUUAGUUUAUCACAGAAUUUGAACAGAACCCAAGAAUGUAAUUGAGCCAGGUGCCUUCACAGCAGUGUUUUGCAGCCUUGGCAUCUUUAAGCUAUAUUGCUGGGGA